UACUAGUCAGCAGUCUGUGGAAUUUGAUAUUUUAUUGGCGGGAUUUGGAUUGUCUUUAUUUACCUACGAAAAGUGAAAAUUAAUUCCAAAUUAUCACGUUUGCAUUUUAUUGUCGGUAACUGCGCAUAGCGAGGCGACAUUUAUGUUAAACCGGGAAUAGCGGUGCUGGAGUUGCGAUGAGCGACGUGAUGUUCGCGGUGUACGGCGGCGGGCGCUGGCGGCAGCUGUGCCUGAAAUCGGGGCGCGUGUGCGGCUGGGGCGCCGUGCGCGUUGCGUGCCAGCGGCGCGGGCGCCUCGAGCUGGUGCCGAGCGCUCCGGCGCUGCGCGCUCUUCGUGCGCUGGCGCAGGGUCGCCGCAGCGCCGCGCGCGCCGGUCCGCGGGUGCCGCAGCAACGUUCCAGAAAAGAGCACCAUUAUAUUCCGGAUGCAAGCAAAGACUGGAUUGAGGGACACAUGUGCUGCCAGCCACACGUGAAGCACUGUCGCGGCGGCUCCAAAGGCAGCGCGCCUCGGCUGGUGCACGCGGCCGUGCAGGCGGACGGCCGGGCCUGCGCCCCGCGGGACUCCGCCCCGCCGGACUCCGCCCCGCCGGACUCCGCCCCGCCGGACCCCGCCCCGCCGGACCCCGCCCCGCCGACCCGCUAUAGCCAACACAAGGAUAAGAAGCGGAAAACCGGCGCCGAAAUCAAAACGCUGCUGAAGAAGAAUCAUACUGAGGAGCUGUGGGAAGCCGUCGGACCCGAGGAUGGCGCCCUGGUGGUAGCGCGGAGGGGAUGUGACGAGGGGGGGAGCGAGUCCAGCAGUGAGCCGUCGGGGGACAGCGCUCCGAAGAAGAGAAAGCGAGCACAGAGAGCAAGCUCUGGCAGUGAUGCAUCUACAGAGUUGGCGUCGCAGAGCCAGGAUGAUCAGGACGCGCCGUGCAAGGAGCUGCUGAUCUCGGAGGACGCGGUGGCGCUGUUGCGCGGCUUCCUGCGCCGCGACACGCGCAACGUGUUCGGCGUGCAGCUGAGCCACUUCGACGCGGACGACGCGUGCAAGGAGCGCCUGUUCUACCGGCUCAACCCGCUCGUGUCUCUGCGCCGCUGUCCGCGCGUGGCCGCCGCCGCGCUCGGGCGCUUCGCCGACUCGCUGGGCCUGCGCCGCGUCACGCCCGGGCGCAGCGCCGGCCCGCGCAGCCCGCGCCACGCGCACUCGCAGAAGGUCAAGGCGUUGGACGCAGAGCGAACGCCUGUUGACGACAGCCCGCCGACUCGGCGGAGCCUGCGCCCGCGGACCAGCGCCUGCGACUCGUCGGUUGCCAGCACGUCGGCCAGCCUGCCUCCCAACGUAUCUAACAGGCUACUAAAUAACGCGCUGGACAGGUCACUGACCAACGCGUUGAAGAGGCCGCCACCCAAAUCGUCGAGCAGGUCGUCGACCAAAGCGUCGGACAGGUCGCUGAACAACGCGUUGGAUACGUCACCGUUCAACGCGUCGAAGAGGCCGCCAUCCAAAACGCCGAACAGGUCGCCGACCAAAUCGUCGGUCAGGCCGCCGACCAAAGCGUUAGAAAGGCCGCCGAUCAAGCCGUCGGACAGGCCACCGUCAAACUCUGCGAGGUCGUCGACCCAUUCCAGCGAGGAACUAGACGUGCCGGGGGCGCGCGCGUACGCGGCGGCGGAGGACGCGCACGUGCUGCGGUUCGUGUGCGGCGCGGCGCGCGCGCGGCUCGUCAACGGCAACCGCCUGUGGCGCGCGCUACAACCGCUGCACCACCGCGCCACCGGCCGCUUCCGCUCGUGGCAGUCGCUGCGCAACCGCUACCUGCGCCACCUGCUGCCCAAGCUGAACUCCCUUCUGCCGCCACAAGACGCCACGCGCCUGCGCGCCGCCGCCACCGCCGGCGAGUUGAAGGCCAGCGCGCCGCCGCCGCGCCGCAACUCCGCCUUCGCGCCGCCG